AAAAAGGUUCAGCGCACUGUCUAGUGGGUCUAGAUGACCCAACUCCCAAUGUUAAAGUGCCUAGGAUAGCACAAAGGCUGAUGUGACAUUUGUGACAUUAGUCACUCUCAAAUCAUUGAAAAUAUUUGACUGAGUAAACUUAAUCAAAAAGAUCCCUCAGAGCUCUGACACUAAGACAGACCCAUAGAAACAACCCGCCAGUAGAGUUUGUGUAAUAUUUACACUGACAACACAAAGCCGUUAACGUUUAGAAAAAAGAAGGGAAAGACGGAAGGAACAAAAGUUCAUCAAAGUUAAUGAUAACCCGGCUCCUGGUGUUCUAUUUUUCUGGAUAAAUCAGCUUUUUGACAGGUAAGUCGUCUAUCCAUGAAGAGCAAAAAACCUUUACUGUAUAGCUAAUCGCUAAUUCACAGAGAACUGUAGUGCUCCAACUGGUUUGAAGGGAAACGCUCCUUUUCUCUGAAAUCCUCAGGCAACUGAGCAAAAGGGAGGAAAAACAACUGGGGGGACAAAUAAGAAAGGGUUGGAGUUGUGUGUUUACUGAAAUGUAGCUCCUGUCUUUGACAAUGUGAUGUCAUAAACGCUCUAACAUCAGAAUUCCAGUUUUUAAUUUUCACAAUUUAGUUUUUUAAGCAAAUUUUGUGAUUGAAACACAAAAACUUUUAAAAUAAUGGAUUGUUAUAGAUGAAGAAAUUAUAUGAUGCAAAUGUUUAGAUUGUAUUGAACAAAGUACUCCAUCCCCAUUACAAAAUGAUUUAGAAAUAUCUGGAUGGAGGGCGUGUGACAUUAAUAUUUUAAUAAAAGGGGAAAGGGAAGCCAAUGGUGGACAUUCAAGUUCAUAUUGAACUUUUGGAAUUGGAAUGGGUUUAUUCUAGUUUAAGCACCUUUAUAGACUCAAUAAAGACAGAUGUGAAUCAACAAUCUUUUGAGUUUUUGGAAAAAUCCAACCAAAGUGUGCUUUUUGUUAAAUCUCCUAAACAUCAUUUGUUGAAUGAGCUUUCUUUGUUUUGAUGGUAGACGUACAGCUGAGCCAUGCACCAGCAGGUGGUUCAGCUCCAGCCUCGGAUCAGGGUGCAAGAGGCGGAGCAAUGGAGCACGGGUCUGUGUGAGUGCUACAAGGACAUGGGGGACUGCUGCUUUGCACUGUGCUGCCUCCCAGUGUUCACCUGUAAGGUGACCAGAGCGGCGGGGGCGUGCCCCUGCCUGCCUCUGCUGGACUGCAUCGGCUGCGUACCUCCAGCUUCUUUAGCCAUGAGGGCAUCGGUCAGGGAGCGGUACGGCAUAAAGGGCAGUGCGUGGAGCGACUGCUGGUACGGAUGCUGCUGCUACACUCUUUCUUGGCUCCAGAUUUCAAGAGAGCUGAAGAGAAGAGCGGCCUCCCACGCCUCCUCCUCGUCUUCUUCUUCCUCAGCCAGAUACGCGGCUUUGGCCUCCCAGCAGGGGGCGCACUUGGUCUAAAGAGAACUUUCUCUGAAGUUGACAGUGGCUGAGUUAUUCACAUUUCCCCUGCUCUGUCUUCACUCCUGCAUCUUUGUGUCCUGGAGAGAAGGAAACUCAGGUCAUAAAGAAGAAAUUGAAAUUAGUGAUAAAAAAUCUGCAAAACUGAUCAUAAAUUUCAGCAGAACUUUCUCGAAAUUGUACAGUUUCCUUCUCUGUUUUUGUAUCUGCAAUAACUUUCAUUGCAUUGUCAUUGUUUGUUUUGUUCUUUCCUCAAGUUUGACUGUUAGAUCCAGAGUUAAGCCUUUGUGCGCUACAUGUGUUGUUCAGUAAAACCUCACAUUGUGUGUUUGUCUAUCUUACAUGA